AUGGAUGCCGCAGAAAACCACGCCGAAAACAGUCCCCAAGGAUAUGAAAUUGACAAAGAUGUAAUAUUCGGCGGCCGUCAGCGGAAAGUCAAGGUCCUGAUCAUUGGUGCCGGCAAAGAUUGCCAGAACGUGGAGCAUGUCAUAUAUGAGAAGAAUAAUGACAUUGGCGGUACUUGGCUUGAGAAUCGUUAUCCGAAUUGCGCCUGCGAUGUUCCGAGUCAUGCGUAUGCCUACAACUUUGCGCCAAAUGUACUAUAUUUGGAAAUACCUCGAUCGUGUCUGCGACACACUUUUAAUCUGAGGAAGUACAUGACGUUCAACACUCUAAUAACAGGCUCAUAUUGGGAGGAAGAGGAAGGCGAAUGGAGGGUUACCUUGAGACAGAUCGCCCCUGACGGCACGGAGAGAGAGACGGAGGAGAGAUGCAACCCUGAUAUCGAGGGCCUCGAAAGGUUCAAGGGUCGGAUGAUCCAUAGGGCAAGGUGGCCCAAAGAUUACCAAGAAGAACAAUGGAAGGGUGAGAGAGUGGCGGUCAUUGGAAGCGGCGCAUCAAGCAUCCAAACAGUGCCUGGCAUGCAACCACAUGUAAAACAUCUUGAUAUCUUUGUGCGAACGGCAAUCUGGUUUGUCCAGAUUGCAGGGCACACCGGAACGAACGGAGAAUACUCCGAAAAACAACGACAGAUCUUCCGCGAAAACCCGAAAGAGCUGGUCAAAGAAUCGAAAUUCUUUGAGAACCAAAUUAACGAGAUGUGGUCUAUGUUUUACCGAGAUAGUGAACCGCAAGCCCAGGCACAGGAAGCGCUAAAGGCCCGCAUGGCGGAAUGGAUUAAAGAUGAGCGGCUCCUGAAAGAGGAUGGGCUCGUGGGAGAGGACGGGGUGGAGAGGAAGGUUGACACCAUCGUGUGUGCCACGGGAUUUGACGUCUCUUACCGUCCUCGUUUCCCAAUCGUGGGCCAAAAUGGCGUUGACCUCCGGGAUAAAUGGGCACAAUGUCCAGAAGCAUAUCUUGGGCUUGCUGUUCCGGGAUUUCCAAACUACAUGACCUUCAUCGGCCCGACGUGGCCUGUCGAGAAUGGUUCCGUCAUGGGUCCUCUCAUGGAAGUCGGGAACUACGCCAUCAAGCUCAUCAACAAGAUCCAAAAUGAGAAUAUCCAAAGCCUUACACCGCGCCAAGACAUCACAGAUGCCUUCAACGAGCACGCCCAGGAAUGGGUCAAGCACACUGUCUGGACCGACGACUGCCGUAGCUGGUACAGAAACAACGAAACGGGUCGUGUUAACGCUGUGUAUCCUGGCAGCUCGCUGCACUAUCUUGAACUGAUAAGUACGCCGCGCGUCGAGGAUUACACCAUCAGCUACGUGAAUAAGAUGAACAUGUGGAGCUUUUUAGGGAUGGGAAAGGCGCGGCCGGAUGUGAACCCUCAUUCCGAUUUCAGCCCGUAUCUGUCGGAAGAGAAUAUUGAUCCAAAGUGGCUGGAGGAGAUUUGCGGGAAGGGGAAAGGGGAGAGCUCGAUGACCGGGUUGGUUACGUCUUUGGGCAUGGGGGUAGUCGGAUUGUUCUUAGUUCUCGACACUUGGGCGGCGGAUGGCUUGGGGAGUGUAGAUUUUUACCGCCUGAUUUAUUGA